AUGGAGUCAGACACGGUGUUCCGAGAUCCUCAGCUUCCCUUCCCCUCAGGGCAAGUACUAGCUCUCUACCAGCAGCUCUUCCAGGCCCCUGCCAGGUUGGAUGAGCUCCUGGUGGCUGUGCAGCAGGUACGUGGCGCCAACUGCCCUCAGGAGCUUGAGCUACCUUUGGUGCUGCUGGAGAUGGAGCAGAGGCGGCAGGAGCAGGAACAGGUUCUAUGGGACUUGGAACUACUGACUGGGGCUGGACUCCAUCUUUUCUGGCCAUGCCGCGGACAGUUUAGAGGACCUUGGGAUAGGGCCCGGAGCUCAGAGAACCAUAACCGGGAGCCAAGCAUCUGGGCUGGUGGGGAAGAGGAGCUGCCCCCUUCAGCAUCUCCUCCCCAGCAUCCCCAGCACUGGUCUCUGGCCCAGGAGAGGGAUAUCCGGAAGCGAAGUCAACAGCUUUUGGAAAAAUGGCGGACUAAAGGCCUUGCGGUGAUGCUGGGUAUAGCCAGCGCUGAAGGCAGCACAGAGCCAGAUCAGAGGUUUGGGAGCCCUGGAAUGUUAAGACAGGCAACACUUGGGCCGGAGCCUGAGGCUGGGACUUCUUUCAAGGCUGAUACCUGGGAGCUGGAAAGUAUGCCUGAGGAAAGCCAGAGAGAACAGCCUGGGGAGGAGGAGCCAAGCCUCAACAAUCACCAAGGGGUGAUGCCUUCUCCCUUCCCCAUCUCUGUGGACAAUAAAACUUCCCUAGGAUUCUGUAAUUCAGUGUUCCCAGAUGUCCUACAGCCUCCUGCAGAGGAACUGGUACUUGGGGAAGGGGAGAGGAGCUGGCAGAAAUGGAAAACCUCCUAAUACCCUCCCUUCAGGAUUUACACUAGAACCUGACAUGACAGCUGAGAGCAUCUGCAGGGCCAAGGGAAGCCCAGG